UUGAGCUCUCUUAUUGGUCAACUCCACAGUCCAAGAUUGAAAGACUUACGAUUGUGAAUAAAACACCAUACUGGUUUGGCUCGAGUCCCACUUUAUUGUUUUACAUCUAGUAUUCCUGUCUUUCUGUCAAGAGCAUGGUUACACUGUAGUUUGUUAGGUGAGUGUCACAGACAGAAAGGAUGAGUCGCUUUCUGAACGUCCUGCGGAGCUGGCUGGUGAUGGUGUCUGUCAUCGCAAUGGGAAACACCGUGCAGAGUUUCAGAGAUCACAGCUUCCUGUCAGAGAAACUCUACACAGGCACCCCAGAGUUUGUGAACGGUCUCCAAGCUCGAACAUUUGGUAUAUGGACGUUGCUGUCGUCGAUCAUUCGCUGUGCCUGUGCCAUCGACAUCCAGAACAGAACGCUGUAUCACAUCACCUUAUGGACAUUUGUACUGGCGUUGGGCCACUUUCUGUCUGAAGCCUUUAUUUACAAAACUGCUCCUCUGACUAUCGGGGUCAUGGCUCCUCUCAUUGUGGCAAGUUUUUCUGUCAUAGGAAUGCUGAUUGGAUUCCAGUGUUUCCCAGAGACACAAGAGGAAGUCGGGGCACGGCAGAAGAAACGCAACUGAAUCCCAGCAGUUUUUUUUUUUUUUUUUGUCCAUUGAACCCACCACCACCAGAUAACAGUGGAGUGGACUGGUCCUUGUGUGCUGCUUGUUGCCUUGAAGAACAUGAGAUAUGGAUGUGCUUUCAUGUCCUAUUGUGAUACUUUCUUAAGACUAUAUACAUCUAUACAUCUCCACCUUGAUGUAUUUUAUGGGUUUUAACUGGACAUUUUACACUUGACAGUGCAAUCCCUAAAAUGUUUGACAGAGUCACUUCUAAAAUACAACAGCCAUGUUACACUGCAGUGAUUGAUCUAUGCUGGUUUGUAAUUACUUUGUUUUCAAAUGAGCAAUACAUGGAGGUUUUAUUAUGUUGAUAUCUUAGCCGUGAUCACAGCUGAAUGAAACUAAUCCGGAUGCAUCCAUGUCCAGAACAUGAGUCUUUUUCGUCAUUAGGCUUUUAAACUGUGUGGUGUUGCUGAGUGAAAUGGAUACAGAAUUAAUGCAGAGCAGAUUUUCGUUUCAUCUCUCAGAGCGUUGAUUGUUUUAUUUCACCUGACAAUCACCUGAAAUUCAUGAUUUACCAAAGAGCUCUGAUGACUAUACAGUAUAAAACUAUGCCCUUCAUUACAAAGAAUCAUAAGCAAUUAUUCUUGUUUGUUUGUUCUGUGCUGUGAAAGUUUGUACACCCUUUGAAUUUCUGCAGAGUUAUUGUCCUAUAAAACCUUCUUUAAAAUGAAA